GAAAAGUCUCCGCGCACCUUCUCGUGGAUUGUUGAUGUCGGUACUAGGCUAACAUUUAAAUCCGACUAUUUUGUUUUUGUAUUAUUUCGUAAUUGUUUAUCAUCAAUAUCGAAAUGACAAAGUAAAUCCAAUAUGAAUGCAUUACUGAUACUGUGUCUAAUUUUUUUAGGAGUAUAUUCAUGUGUUUCAUGGCUUUUGCCGGCUUUGCUGUCAUGGCUAUUCAAGAGAAAAUAUCAUAUAAACUUGAAAAUCGGUAGAAUCGCCGUUUUAAAAUUGAUACUAAAAGAUGUCAGUUUAUCAAAGGAUAGAUAUUUUGUGCAUAUAGACGAAAUCUCAUUCCGCAGCAGCUUCUUUAAUUCUGAAAUAAAUAAGCUGGUUUGGGUUGUGAUAAAAGGUGUUGAGAUAACUAACAAUGUUGAAGCUAAGCGUAGUGUGGUGGUUGAAACUAUCCUCAAACCUUUGUUAUCGAAACAAAACUCCCUCAACAGGGAGGGUACAGAAGAUGAAUUGGCAAAUCUCAGAUCUCUGAACUUAGGAAUUGGACGAUACACACAGCAAAAACUCCUUGACUUCAGGGAUAAAAAGUUGCCCCCCAGCUUGAUUAUGUUUGCACAGUUCAUGGGAGUGCAUGUCUUUAAUGUCUCGGUGACAUUGAGAGAUAGUGCUCUCAGUAAUGGUUCAAUCAAUGUGACUGCAUCAGAAGUACAUGCUGAUGGUGCAGCAGGUGGGCCGGCUAGGGCACUAGUGUUUUCUGCCAAUUUAGUGCAGCUUAGUGCAAGGGUAUUCAAAGAAACCAAGUGUCUUGGAGAGGCAAGCUGUAGUAUAUUGAUUGAAGGCACUGUCAAAGCUGAUGGACCAUUGAAUGUAGAGAAAAUUCACACUGCAAUAAAUAACACAGAGGUUUCCAUCCAAGAUGAACUUUAUCAGUUUGCACAAAAGCAAAAGAGAUAUAGACCUGCAUCUGUCAAAAAAGAAGUGAUUUGUGAAGAUCACACUGCUAGUCUUAUUCCAAGACUGUCACCUGUUAUACCAAAGAUAUUUAGCUUAAAAAUUGAUGCAACAACAGUUAAAUGCAUAGACAAGAUUACGAAAACUAAUUUUAAAAUGUCCCUACAGAGUUUACAUGUGAAUUCGCGGUUUAGCGCCAUGUCGCUGGCCGAGGGCGCCGGCCUGCCGCAAGUGUAUGUGGCGUUCCAAACCGACCAGCUCUGCUGCGCCGCCGACGAUGACGACCUCCUCUCCAUCAACAAACUCAAGCUGGACGCUAAGCUGGAGAAGGGCGCGUUGAACCUGUACUUGAUCGUGAGCACCCUGAACGUGCUGUAUGACCACAGGCAGGUGUUCGGGUGGUUCACGUCCAUGGCAGAGCGGGACGUUCCGGCGCCCAUGUACAUCAGGGAGGUUGACAAAUCUGGACUUUCGGACCGUUCGCUAGCGUCGCGCUUGCUGGCCAUGUGCGCGGUGCAGGGCUGCGUGGAGGUGCGCGCGGUGCGGGCGCGGGCGCGGCUGGACGCGGGCCGCGCGCUGGCUGCAGGCUGCGCCGGCCUCAAGCUGCGGCUGGACCCCGCGCCUCUAGCCAGCCACGAGCCGUACCAGUGGAGUGUGGCUCAGCAACUGGUGGGGCGUCGGCACUGGAGCGCCGAGCUACUGGUAGAUGGGGGGUGGGCAGCGGCUCAGAUCCUCCCCCCUUCCGACCUGAAACUGUCUGCACAGGAGUGGCCCGAAGCCCCGACCAGGAAGCAUCAUACUUGGGGCUCGGCGUUAUUAGCCGUGGCGCUCGUCAAGUGGGGCAGCCAUGGACCCACUGAUUCCAAGAUGGAAGCAAUGAUGGACUGUCUGCGCCUGGAAUGGAGCGCCGACAUCGCUGCUACCAUCAUAUCUUUAGUUGACUGCAUCAACCAGUACAAAUCACCCUCCACAUCCGAGCCAGUGGCUUCACCAAUCAAUCCUGAAGCAGUACCCUGCCACGUGGGCGUGAACGUGGCUCUGUCGCACAUAAACCUGUUCUUCAUAAUGGAAAAGGGAGUGUGUCUGAUGACGCGAGUGGAUGCAGUCACUUUGGAGAGAACACCGGCUAAAUCGGCUGCUGUCGUGUCCGGCUUUAAAGUCGUCGAUAUGGUGCCGUAUAAAGGAAAUUAUCACUGCCAACGAUCUGAUGAGAUUGAUUCGUCGAUAGUUUACGUUCAACUAGCGAGGAUCGAACACGUGCCUUCGGUGACCAGGCACUCUGCUUUAUUAGACUUUCAAUUCCUCGAAAACGUUGACAUCGAAUGGAGUGCCAACUUGCAUCUAAAGAUAGUAACCUUGUUGCGGGGUAUAAAAGCGUUCAAAGACGAGUUGAAAACCAAAAGGCAAGCGUCUCCAUCUCCUUCUAUUGAGCAGAAGAAGAAAGAGAGAGCACUAGAUUGGAAUGUUUCGUUCAAGGCCGAAACUAAUUUGGAACUGCUGUUAUCAAAGGAGAAUAACAUGUUGUUUGUUACUGACGAUAUGACGAUAGCUUACGACCACGAGUCGGGGCUGUCACUUGACUGGGUCCAACUGAGGAUGAUAUUGAACGGGGAAGACCUGGUGACGGUGGAGGGAUACUCCAUGGCGAGGGUGGAAGACGACCACGACGUCAGGGUCGAGAGGAACGCCGCCGAGGGGUUCCUGCUGCCCUGGAACAAAGUCUGGUCUGUGAGUAUAAAGUCGGCGCGCAUGAUAUUCCCGUACAAGCACCGGUUUGCUGAGGCGGUUCAGGGCGACUUCGUGUCCCUAUUCAAGUGGGUCAAGAUGGUGCACGGUGUUAAGAAGAAGCCAUUCACUGCUGACAGUCCGCUGCCCAGCGAUUUGCACAUAAAGAUUGAAGAAAUAAUAGUGGAAAUGAGCGAUGAUCCGUUUGAGGUUAAAUUGCGCGACAAUUACGAGCUUCUAGAGGACGAGUACAAAGAGAGUCAGAAGAGGCGGACGAUGCUCGAUGCAAAGGUGCAAGAGCUCUGCAAGCCCCACUUAUUCUUACCAGCGGGCAAGGUGGAAGAGUUGUACGCAGCGCUGCGACAGAAGGACGCGCAGAUCUACGUGCAGCGGUGUCGCGCCGCCCCCCCGCCCCGGGCCCGGCUCGUGGCCUGCUGCCUGGCCGGCGUCCGGGUGCUGGCCCUCGCUGACCCCUCCAUUCAUGGGCACCAGGGGGCGGGGGCGGGGGCGGGGGAGGGGGCGGGGGCAAGGCACCGGGGUAUCGAUUCCGCCAGUCCGUGGCCAGAAGAAGGCAUCGAGUUUACAACGCUAUGGUGCCGUGCUGUCAGCGUGGGGUGCUCGCAAUGGCAGAUCCUACUUCGGGACUUCCCCCAGCCCCUGCUCAGCAUGACCGGGCUCAAGCUGUGGGGCACUCUGCUGGGAGCCGAGGAGGCGCCGCCGCCUAGGGCGUUGCGUACAGUGGUGAUUGACCAGGGAGAACCAUGGGGUCCGUGCGAGUUAGAACGAAGUAUGAUGCCUCUGAAGUGGUACUACGAUCUGUGCUGCGAGAUGACGCAGUUCAGCUAUGCCUUUGGACCAUGUUGGGAGCCAGUCAUAGCGCAGUGUAACCUUGCGUUCGAACAAAUCUCCCGUCCGUCUCUCGACCCCUCCAUGCCUCUGGCGUGGUGGGACAAGGUCCGUCUACUGAUGCACGGGCGCCUCACCGUGCACUGCGCGCGCAUGACGUGUCUCUUGCACGUGUCUCUGGACCCUUACAACACUACUGAGGAGAUGGAGUUGACCUGGACUGAUCUCGUGCUGGACUGGACUAAUGGCAAACUUGGCUUUUUGGGCGAGCUGAACGUAUUCGUCCGCACGGCUAGCAAGUACGACGACUGCCGAGUACUGCGCAUGCCUUCCUUACGUCUGUCCGUGAAGCUGGGCUGGCAGUGCGUUGGGGACCCGCGCGACCAUCACGCUGUGGCACCCUGCGCACCCACCAGGCUGCCCGAGUACUCCAGCAACCAGGAACACGACUCGUAUAGAGCAUUCCGGUCUCAAGGAUUGGACCUCCACCUGAGCAUGGAGACCAAACCCAUUGAUAGAGACGGCCCGGUGCUGUUGCUAUAUGGCAGCACUCUCAGAUGGUUCGAGAGCCUAAAGCUGAUCUUAUCGGGAGUGACCCGGCCCACGAGACGCGGGCGCGUGUUCAACAACGUGCGGCCUCGUAAGCCGCAACUGUCCCGUCAUUACAGGAACGUCAGCAUGUCGCUCACACUACACAAUCUGCAGGUGUUUUACUGGUCGUCAUCGUCGAUGCAGCGCGGCAUAGAGAUGCUGUGCGCUCGAGUGACGUGCGGCUCUAAACACCGCCUGUCGCUAGUGCCGUCCACUGACGGGCUGGUCCGUAGGCCGCGGGCCAACUGGACCACUGUGUACAUGAACUGCGACCUCAACGACGCCGAGAUAUGGCUCAAGACCACCGCGCCGUCUACCGACAAGGAUGAGAACUCUGUGCUGCGUCCGGCGGCCGUAGAGAAAUGGUACUGCGUGUCCGUAAGACGGGUCUCGUACGGACGCGAGGCCGGAGGCAGCGGGGCCACUCACAGGCUGGCCGUGCACGAUCUGCGCGGCGCCUGGACCAAACUCAACCGGGACCUGGCCUUCGCGCUCAUCGACACUUACAUCAAGACUCAGCAACUGAAAAAGAAUCUUUCAACGAAAGCUUUGAAGGAAGAGGAGAAAACGAGUACAUCGCCGAAGCACCAACGGGAGGCCGAUGUGGUAUCGCCGCCUCCAGCUGCACAGUGCCAGGCUAGCAGCGGGGGCGGGGGAGGUGGCGGGGGCGGCAUGCUGGCGGCGCUGGUGGCGGAGGCAGGCGGGGAGGCGCCCGUCGUGUUCUCGGACGAGCUCGGGGACGAGGCUGCGCACGCGCCGCAUACGCACGCUAAACACGUGCUCGAUGAUGACAACGCGCACACCGCCUGCCUCAUCGAGCUGGUGAACUCGCAGGUGGUUCUGAAGGGCUGCGAGACGCGCGGCUACGUGCUGUUAUGUGCCGCGCGAGCCGAGGUGAGGCAGCGGGUGAGACGCAGCCCUGCAGCCGUCGCCUGGAGCGGGGCCCUGUCCGCUAUGCAAUACUAUGCGACCGUCAGCGCGGCCGACAGAGACCAGCUGCUGGAAAACAUCCAGUGGGUGUCAGUAGAAGAGAUAUCGGAGCGAUGGGCGGGCGCGGGCGCGGAGAUCAGCACACUGCCCGACGUGCCGCGCCUGGUGGGGUCGGGACACUCCGCGGGCGGGGUCAUCGGCCGCACCGUGGGGCCCACGCUGGCCGACACGGGCCUGGCGCAGUUACAACGCAUAGUAUCACGCUGCGCGUGCGAGUUUUACUACGCUUCCCACGAAGAGGCCGAGCAAGCUCCCGCCGGGGACGGCUGGGGGGCACAAACUCAGCCCUACGAUUCCUUCACCCUCAUGCACCACGACCUGGACGUGUGCACCAACUCGCUGCAGUACGCGAUGCUGCUGGACGUGGUGAACAACGUGGUGCUGCACGUGGAGCCGGAGCGACGCCGCACCCUCGAGAGACGGGCGCGCAUGCGCUUCCAGCUGCAGCUGCACCGCGACCACGACCCGCGCCGGCUCAUACACACGCUGCAGACGCAGGUCCGGGAGUCUUUGGCAAGACUCCGUCGCUUGGAAAAGGAAUACUAUUUGAAGAAUCGAUCUAUAACAGGCGACGAUCCCGUCGCUAUCGACGAACUGAAAAGUCUCGACAAUCAGGUGAACGAGUGCAAGGAGGUGGUAUGGUCGCUCGGCGAGGAGUUGGAUGCGAUGGUGCGCGCGUGGCGAGAGGUGGGCGAGGCGGGAUCUGGUCGCGGGGGUCGCGGGACGCAGGCACGCGGGGGUGGGGGCGGGGGCGGGGGCGUGGCGGCGGGGGGCGCGGGCGGGGCGGGGGCGCCGCACCGGCACAACGAGAUCUGCUUCAAGUCCGCGCGCUGGCGACUCACCGAUGCCGACGGCCAGCUGGGCAUCGCCGACCUGCUGCUCACCAACUUCCUGUAUACUAAGACGUCCAGGUCGGAUGACUCGGUGGAACAUCAGUUAGAACUGGGAUACGUACGUGUCACGAAUUUACUACCGAAUGAACCGUUCCCUGAGGUGUUGGUGCCUCAAGCACCAUCGGGGCGGGCGCCGCUGGCCCGGCGCGCGGCGCUGCGCGUGUUCUGCCGCGACCGCCCGCCCGUCGGCGGCAUCGCUGUCAAGGAGCACUUCGAGGUCAACAUCGUGCCCAUACGGAUAGGUCUGACGAAGAAGUUCUUCAACACGAUGUUGAAGUUUUGUUUCCCGGAGCGCGACCCGGACAGUAUGGAAGAGGGCGAGGAGGACGGGUCUUCCACCUCCAGUUUGGUGUCCACUGGUUCUAAGAAGCCCAAGAAGAAGCCUAAAGAUUCCAACUCUAACUUCUACGUCAAGCGGGACAAGAAGGACAAAGACGACGUAGAGAAGAUGAAGGAGCGCGCGGAGAAGAACAAACUGUUCAUCUACAUUAAGAUCCCUGAGGUGCCGGUGCGCGUCUCAUACAAGGGCAGCAAGGAGAAGAAUCUGGAGGAUGUACGGGAUCUGCCGCUCGUGCUGCCCACGCUGGAGUACCACAACGUGACCUGGACCUGGCUCGACCUGCUGCUGGCCACCAAGACCGACACGCGCAGGGUGAUAUUAUCGCAAGCAAUCAGACAGAAGCUACAGUUGCACAGACGCGCGGCCGCCGCGCCCGAACCUUUGGAAGAGGACAAGGCGCGUCUACUGCUGGGCGAGAGAACUGUGACAGAAAACAAACCGCAGAAGAAGAGUACACCGAGUGUCUUCAAAUUCUCCAAAUCUUAGCUGUAAGUAACCAAACCAGCUGCACUAAGCAUUUAUUAUAGAAAUCAGAACCAAAAAUAGACUGUACUAAGGUAUAAAAUCGUAUUCUCAUUUAGGUAUAAGCUCAAUAAAUGAGUUGGUCCUCGAGAGACUACAGAUAGAUUUAUCUCUGAAGAACUGAACUUUUUUUGAGACAUACAGGCUUGGAAUACGUUUAGAUUAAUAGAUUUUUGUUUUUAGGCAUAUAAUUUUUUUUUUCAUAUUUUUAGCUAGAAGUUAUUAUAUAUUUCAUUCAUUUCAAAUGUACGAUCUGUUGUUUAAAUUAUUUUUAAAACUUAUAAAUUUACAUUUGACCUGUAUUGGAACUGACUUACAAAUGAUGUUUUAGUAAGUUAUGUUGUGUUUUGGUAAUAAAAAUAUUUACUUACAAGGUUUCUUGAUCAAUAUUAGUCAUACGGAUUGUGGAAUAAAUUAUUUGUUUAUAAUUUUUUGAUGCGUAACGUAUGAUUGGAAAUGAAUGACGUGUAUAGAUAAGGCACAAGACUUCCGUAGAAAUGUGAUAUGGACGAAAUAAGGUUAGCCACUAGUGAAGCAAUCUCAGUUCCUGUUCUAUUAAGAUUUACAAACCAGCGUGUAUAUUAUUAUGUAAUUUGGUAAAAAGUUUAAACUCACAUGGCUCACUCCAAUUUGAGAUUGUGAAUUUUUGUCAUAAUUUUUAUUAUAUCUUUCUUGGAUGUAUUGAUUUUUAAAUGCGAAUCCAAAACCCAUCUCUUAUAAACAAUGUUAAUAAAGACAAAAAACAUGAGCAUUCCUUUAUAAAUAAAAAGAUUAAAAUGAAUAUAAAAAAAAUCAUUUUUUAUAACUGUUGCUUUAUGCAUUGUGUUUAUAUUAGUUAAGGAUUCGAUAAUUUCCGAAUCAAGUAAUAUGGUAUUGCCUCUUUCUUCUUUGCUUUUAGAAGUUCGCACUGGCAUAUUAUAUUAAUUGUUCUCAUAUAAUUUGAUUCUUAAUAGAUUUCAAAUCUACCAAAUGUGGAGGCAUGUGUGUACAGCGUAAGUUUAGGGAACAAUUAAAGACAAGACGACAGCUGAUUUAAAUAUAAUUAAAUGGAUGCUGAAUACAAAUGAGUAAAACUUAAUGACAAAAGACUGUAAUGUAAUAAUGACGACGAAAGCUGUUAUUCUGAUUUUUAAUCAAAUACGUCAAUAGUCUAUAUAAUUAAGUUACUUAAUAAUUUUAUAUGUAAUGGUUUUCGAACAAACUACAAUCUGUUUUUAAUAAAACAUCACGGUUAAUAGUGUUAUUCCAAAUUUGUUUCAUGAGUAUUUUUUUUGAUGCAUCUGAAAUCUUUUAACAGAUGGUUAACUUUAAGAUUCAUGUAAAAACAUGAUUUACGAAGGAAAUAUCCUACAUUUUUUGAUUUAUUACUACUUGGUAAUAGUAAUAAUCACUGACAUUUAAUUUGUAUGCUAAUUAAUACAUCAUCAUCAUCAUCAUCAUCAGCCUAUUAAUGUCCCCACUGCUGGGGCACAGGCCUUCCCUAUGGAUGGAAUAGGGAGAUUGGGCCAUGACCCACCACGCGGGCCCAGUGCGGAUUGGCGGGUGCUAACGACUGCAGAUGCAGCCGGGACCAACGGCUUAACGUGCCUUCCGAAGCACGGAGGACCUCGAGAUAGAUGUUUUUGGUCACCCAUCCAAUGACCGACCACAGCCGAACGCGCUAACCACCUGCGCCAUCGAGCUCCUCCGUAAUUAAUACGGUUAAAUGUUAUAUUUUUCACAAUUUCAAGCGUUUGUAUACCAUAUUUUUCGUAUUAUUUGACUAGUUUUUUCAGACAGUAUUGCUCUACGUAGAGCUGAAUGGAAAGGUGUUAUGUGUUAUAACCAUGAUAUUUUAACUUAAGUAUUCUU